AUGUCUGACGAUUGGGAAUCCAAAACUGUUAUUGGCUCUCGAGCCCGAGUUGGCGGAGGAGGUCCUCGAGCCACUGUCGCUAAGACCCAGGCAGAAAUCAACGCUGCCAUGCGAUCCGGUAACGUUCUGUCUACUGACAAGAAGUACGCUUCUGCCAACUCCAAGGACGGAGGAGACGGACAGCGAUUGACCAAGAUUGACCGAUCUGACGAUAUCAUUGCCCCUCCUAAGGUUGAGGCUUCUGUUGGUAAGGCCAUCAUCAAGGGCCGAUCCGAAAAGGGUCUGACCCAGAAGGAGCUUGCCGUCAAGAUCAACGAGAAGCCCCAGGUGGUCAACGACUACGAGUCUGGACGAGCCCAGCCCAACCAGCAGGUUCUCAGCAAGAUGGAGCGAGUCCUUGGUAUCAAGCUUCGAGGUAAGGACAUUGGUCUUCCUCUUGGCCCCAAGGGAAAGAAAUAG